GGCUGGGCGAAGACAAACUUGAGCCGAGCAGCUGAGCCGUCCGGCAAUCAGCUGGCGAGGCGAGUGGAGCCGCCAUCUUCGAUAAAUGAGAGGCGAGCGCCGGCGGUGGCAGCGCAGCCGGGAGAGACUCAGCGCCGGGCCCAGCAGCCAGCAGGACAGCCCACGCCGCCCGUACACCCCUUGAAGGAAACCUCACCCCCUCUUUUUGUUUUCUUUCCCUUCCCCUCCCCCCCACCCCCGUGAAAUGUCAGCCAUGAACCCCGAGUAUGACUACUUGUUCAAGCUGCUUCUGAUUGGUGAUUCUGGAGUUGGGAAAUCUUGUCUACUGCUCCGGUUUGCUGAUGACACAUACACAGAGAGCUACAUCAGUACCAUUGGUGUUGACUUCAAAAUCCGAACCAUAGAAUUAGAGGGAAAAACAAUUAAGCUACAAAUUUGGGAUACAGCAGGACAAGAGAGAUUCAGGACCAUCACCUCCAGUUACUACAGAGGAGCACAUGGCAUUAUUAUUGUAUAUGAUGUUACAGAUCAGGAUUCCUUCAAUAAUGUUAAGCAGUGGCUGGAAGAAAUAGCUCGCUAUGCCAGUGAAAAUGUGAACAAAUUGCUAGUGGGGAAUAAAUGUGACUUGACUAGUAAGAAGGUGGUGGAUUAUACUACAGCUAAGGAGUAUGCUGACUCUCUGCAAAUUCCAUUUUUGGAAACCAGUGCAAAAAAUGCCACCAAUGUUGAACAGGCAUUUGUGACGAUGGCUGCGGAGAUCAAGAAUCGGAUGGGCACUGGUCCUACACACAACGAUGAGAAAUCCAAUAUCCGAAUCCAGAGCACUCCCUUGAAGCAAGGCAGUGGUGGAGGUGGCUGCUGCUAAGGGCAGGAAAGCAGCAGAGACAGAUCCAUUCCUGUUGCACAGUAUAUUGAAACUACAAUUGUCUCCUGAGCAGUAAUGGUUUUAACAUUGCCCAUUGAUUUGUGCCCAUUCUUGGCAGAUCCUUUUCUGACCAAAUGGACAUGAGACCAAUUGGAAACUCCAGGAAAAAUUGUCUUAGUUGUCUUGAAAGUUCUUGUCUACUGAUUUGAAACACUUGGAUUGUAAGAUAUUUUGUAGUAUUCAAUUUCUCCCUCUUGUUUUCCCCUUUUCCCACAGGUUUUUGUUGCACUGGGGUCAAGACUAACUAGACGUCUGACAGCCAGAUUUGAGGUUUAGUCACGCUCCACCCUUCAGUGUAAAGCUGUGGUAUUAAGUGAAGGAAAGUAAAAUGUACAAAUCUGGUUAAAAUUCACCUGGGAAUGAACCUUUGCAUGUCAAUAUAAUUGUAAUGGGAACUGUUUAAAAGGUGGCAGAUGCACAGAAUUGACUCAUUUGCAGCAAAGUGACUUCCAUCUUGAAUUACUAUCUUGUACAUUAAAUCAAUUUACUAGUUUUUGUCUGCAUAUUCUAAAUGUUGAAACCCCACAUUUUGAUUCUCUUUGAAAGCAUUGUAACCAGUUUGUCUUCACUGCUCACAUUAAGACAAGCCAGGCAGUAUGUAAAAAGGCAAGCUGGCCUUUAUCAACUGUGACAUUGAGUUGACUGCUUUACUAAUUGUAUCUUCUAUUUGCUCACUACAGGAAGAGUAUCCAGUAUAUUGAUGUUUAGCCUGCCCACUAAUAUUACUAACUUAAUCACUUUAAGAUUUGACAUUACUCCAACCCUACAAUGUGAAAUCAUUCACUUGCACAUCGAAUGUCCAAGUUGUAUUUAAGCUAACCAGGGUGACAUGAUGUUGAAUGGACUAAGUACAAGUAGCCAGUUUUGAAAUUAAUACAGGUAAUGCAUACUAGUUAGGCAAAUAGUUUGGAUGUAGCUUGGCCAGAUUGGUUUCCAUGGUCCCAAUGUGUGUAGCAGGUGGGGGUGAAGAAAGUGGGGGAAAUGGUCAACUUAAGAUGAGGGUGAAUUGUGUGCUGGGCUUUGAAAGGCUGUGGGGAAGCUUUGAGAAUGGUUGUACAACUGGAAAGGUCCUACAUGCAAACCUGUUUGACUUUUAUCCAUUAGGCCUUAAUUCAACUGGCCAAAGUUGCUGCACCUAUCGUGCAACUUCCAUUCAAUUUGUGGUAGUUUUGAUUAGCAUUAACAGUUCUAUUGAAUUUUGGCCCAUAAUGGUGGUCUGUUGUAAAAUAUUGACAAUGGCUGACAUCUGUCUCAAGUGCUGGAACAAUCCAACUGUACCACUGACUGGCUUUAUUUCUUGUACAUGCUUUCUGCUGGACCCCCAUGCCUGACACUAGAAAUUCAGUGCCUAGCAAGUUUCAGUCCAGAGGUAUAUAGUGGCAAAGCUAGUUUAAGACCUAGAUAGAUAUUUUGUAGUGCAGUAUGUCUGGUGCAAAUUGCUUAUGUAAAAUGUUACUGCAUGCAGAAGUUACCAGUUCACCUGUACUACAGAUUUGCCCUUGAGUGUAACAUCUUUCCAGCUGUGGGUAUUCAGUUAUAUGCCUGUUUAAAUAGUCUCUUCCUACUGAUUUUUUUUUGACUCUGGUAAAAUUGAACUAUAAUUGUGUGAACAAACAUUUUACCACAUGUAAUUGUAAGCAUUAGUACACAACCAAUCUUGCUGUGGAUGUCUGGUAUGUUAAGCUAUAAACUUCAAGCCUAUACUUUCCUCACCAUUCUGAAUUUAUUCAGAAAUUUCCUUAAUUGAAACACUUGCACAGCAAUGCCACUUUGCUCUAAUUUGCAAAUGGGGUUUUAAACUGCUUAUGUAAAGAACCACAAAGCAGUGUUUGGCCAGUAAGUCAAUGCUACUUGUCAUUUUUGGUUAAAGGCUAAACACUUUUUUUCCCCAGAUCCUGAUGUGCCUUCAGAAAUUGCUGUUUUGGAUUUGAAUUGCUCAUCAUGUUUUAAUUGAAUUUCAUCCUCCAGUUCACACCUCAAAUUGUUGCAACUAAUUGCAUUUGAGUUGGUGCAUAUGUGCUGGCUGAGGUGUCAAGUAUUUUGCAUGGGAUCUAUUUGCUUUGGAUAUUUAAUUACUUCCAACUUUGCCUAAAUUUCCUCACUAUUCUAGUAGCACUGGAAUUUGCAUCACUCUGGUUUGCAAAAGCACCCAUUGAAUGUAAUUUAUACCCAGAAUUUUUUGGGGGGCUUUUUUGGUCUGCAACUGUUCCUACAGGACAAUUUGUCAGUGUGUGUCAAGACUUUGGGUCUUGUGCGUAUAAUUACCAUCCAAAAAUGGGCUUUGCCAUAGCCCUGACAACUUAGUUUCAUCUCACUAUUGCACUCCACUGUAUGAUCAAUGGCCAUCUUGAAACUAUUAGAAACUACUUCACAUGUACAAUUGUUCUUGACUAUUUAUGAAUAAGUUUAUUAGCAUUUUAAAGUUUUAAUUAUGAUUUCAGGUUGUGAUUUUUACUGUGGUUUGUCACAGCCCCUCAUGUUUCAGUAAGGCCAGAUGUAUGUUUAGCUGUUUGUGGUGUUGUAUGCCAUUUGUGUACAUGUCUAAAUGGACCAGAUUUAAAUGCUGUUCUGAUCACAUUGCAAAACUUGUUAUCUGCAACAAAUGGUUCCUAUAUCUUUUUGGACCCUUGCUUUCACCCUUCAAAAUAUACUCACUGCAUUUGGUAUUAAAUAGAUGACAAAUAAUACUGUAGGCAAUGCCUUUUUUACUGGGCAGGUAAUGUUAGUGGUUGAUUAACAGCAAUUUCCUGCCAUUCUGCACUAUAGUACCACUUUAUUUGUUCUGUGUAUUCCAGUCUCUUUUGGACUCCAGUAUUGGGAAUGAUACCAAGGUGGAAGCUUGCAUAAACUAUCCAGUUCUUGGCUGACUGAUGCUGAAAGUCCUGGUAGUAGACUGUCACCAAUCUCUGUUGUCCAGCACGUGCAGGCAUCUAAGCCAAACCCUAAUAACAUGCCUUUUUCCUCUGAGCUUGCAUGUCUAGUACUGCAAGAAUUUCCAGGACUUUAAGGAAACAGUAAUCUUACUUGGAACUUUCGACUUCGUUUUAAUUCCUUGCUCAACUAAGCCAUCAAUAUUGAUAUUUAAAGGAACUUGAGCACUGUUAUCUAAGUGAACACUGAACAUUUGAGAAAGGAAUGUCAUUUGUGGACUAUUCAAAUUAUUUUGACCAGAUAUCUAGCUUUAAAUUUAAACAUCACAGAUGUGCACUGAAUUAAAUCUCCAAUGCUGCAGUUUAGAUUUUAAGGACUGUUUAUGAUCCUAGCUCUUGUACCAGACAUGUCUGGGGCAUGUGUUCAAUUGUUGUGGCCAUGUAACAACAACCAAGUUACCAAAUUGUAUAUCCUGAUUAAAAUUCCUGUAGCUGAUUAGUGAUGGGCUAUGUUGGUGGUUUUGGUAUAGCUCACCAGAUCAAUAGUUUGCCACUAGGCUUUAUCAGCAUCUGUGAUUUUUUUUUUCCCCUUGUGCCCUUGAAGUUUAAAAUCUCUAAGUUAGAUGUGCAUUGGACAUGUACCUGUGGACUUCUCUCCCCCACUUCAUUUAAGUUGAUCUGAUGUGUUGUCUGUGGCUAUCCUCUGCAUAAUCUGUAAAAUGACUUGUCCUAAAUUUUGAAAAUGGAGACCACCUUUCUUGGAUUUCUUGUUGAUGCCGCUGUCUGUGGAGAUUGAAAUAAAGUCUACUUCCCUCUU